AGCCCGGGGAACCCCGGGACAACGCCUGGGUGGAAGCGUGGCUGGACGACCACUGGGACUUUACUUCCUCUUACUUUGUGCGGAAAGCCACAAGAGAAAUGGUCAAUGCAUGGUUUGCUGAGAGAAUUCAUCCUAUCCCAGUCUGUAAGGAAGGAGUCAGAGGUCACACAGAGUCCUGCUCUUUUCCUACUCAACAGAGUCCCCGUUCUGAGACCACUGCCCCUGGCACCCCCACCAGGAAGAUCUCAGCCUCGGAGUUCGACAGGCCACUUCGGCCCAUUGUUGUCAAGGACGCCGAAGGAACUGUGAGCUUCCUCUGUGACUCAGAAAAGAAGGAACAGAUGCCUCUGCAGCCCCCCAACUUUGGUGCUGACACAGGAGAUCAGUGCUCAAGGCUCUUGGAGCUUGUGAAAGAUAUUUCUAGUCACUUGGAUGUCACAGCACUUUGUCACAAAAUCUUCUUACACAUCCAUGGGCUGAUCUCUGCAGAUCGCUAUUCCCUUUUCUUGGUCUGCGAAGACAGCUCCAAUGACAAAUUCCUCAUCAGUCGCCUGUUUGAUGUUGCAGAAGGCUCCACUUUGGAAGAAGCUUCCAAUAAUUGUAUCCGCUUAGAAUGGAACAAGGGAAUUGUGGGUCAUGUGGCGGCUCUGGGGCAGCCCUUGAACAUCAAAGAUGCCUAUGAGGAUCCGAGGUUCAAUGCAGAAGUGGACCAAAUCACAGGCUACAAGACCCAGAGUAUCCUCUGCAUGCCAAUCAAGAACCACAGGGAUGAGGUUGUUGGUGUGGCCCAGGCCAUCAACAAGAAAUCUGAAAAUGGCGGCACAUUCACGGAAAAAGAUGAAAAGGAUUUUGCUGCUUACCUGGCAUUCUGUGGGAUUGUUCUCCACAAUGCCCAAUUGUAUGAGACUUCACUCCUGGAGAACAAACGGAACCAGGUGCUGCUGGACCUUGCAAGCUUGAUCUUUGAAGAGCAGCAGUCCUUGGAAGUGAUUCUAAAGAAGAUCGCAGCUACCAUCAUCGCCUUCAUGCAGGUGCAGAAAUGCACGAUCUUUAUAGUGGAUGAAGAUUGCUCAGAUUCAUUUUCUAAGGUGUUUCACAUGGAGUUUGAGGAUUUGGAAAAAUCAGCGGAUGCUGUAACAAGUAGGGAUGGAGACAUGAAUAAAAUCAAUUACAUGUAUGCUCGCUAUGUCAGAGACACCAUGGAACCUCUUAAUAUCCCCGAUGUCUAUAAGGACAAGAGAUUUCCCUGGACAAAUGAAAACACAGACAACUUUCACCAGCCCAUUAGAAGUUUGCUUUGCACACCUAUAAAAAAUGGAAAGAAGAACAAAGUGAUAGGGGUUUGCCAGCUUGUUAAUAAGAUGGAAGAGAAUUCCAGCAAAUUCAAACCCUUCAACAGAAAUGAUGAGCAGUUUCUGGAAGCUUUUGUCAUCUUUUGUGGAUUGGGAAUCCAGAACACCCAGAUGUAUGAAGCAGUGGAGAGAGCCAUGGCUAAGCAGAUGGUGACUCUAGAGGUUCUAUCAUAUCAUGCUUCUGCAGCAGAAGAGGAAACCAGAGAGCUUCAGUCAUUAACAGCCGCCAUGAUACCAUCUGCCCAAACCCUCAAGAUAAUGGAUUUCUCCUUCAGUGACUUCGAGCUCUCUGAUCUGGACACGGCCCUCUGCACAAUUCGGAUGUUCACUGACCUCAACCUCGUGCAGAAUUUCCAGAUGAAACACGAGGUUCUUUGCAGGUGGAUUCUAAGCAUCAAAAAGAAUUAUCGGAAGAAUGUAGCCUACCACAAUUGGAGGCAUGCCUUUAACACGGCCCAGUGCAUGUUUGCUGCCUUAAAGUCAGGCAGAAUUCAGAACCAACUGACCGACCUGGAGAUCCUGGCUCUGCUCAUCGCGGCCCUGAGUCACGACCUGGAUCAUAGAGGAGUGAACAACUCUUACAUACAGAGAAGUGAACACCCCCUCGCUCAGCUUUACUGCCACUCCAUAAUGGAGCACCAUCAUUUCGACCAAUGCCUCAUGAUCCUUAACAGCCCAGGCAACCAGAUUCUCAGUGGCCUGUCCAUUGAUGAAUACAAGUCCACGCUGAAAAUGAUCAAACAGGCAAUUUUGGCCACUGAUUUGGCACUGUACAUCAAGAGAAGAGGGGAAUUUUUUGAACUUAUAAGAAAGAAACAAUUCAACUUUGAAGACCCCCAGCACAAAGAGCUAUUUUUAGCGAUGCUGAUGACAGCCUGUGAUCUCUCCGCGAUAACCAAGCCGUGGCCUGUUCAACAGCAGAUAGCAGAACUGGUAGCUGCAGAAUUUUUUGACCAAGGAGACCGAGAGCGAAAGGAGUUGAACAUCGAACCCGCAGACCUGAUGAACAGAGAGAAGAAAAAUAAAAUCCCAAGCAUGCAAGUUGGAUUCAUAGAUGCCAUAUGCUUGCAACUCUAUGAGGCCCUGGUCCAUGUCUCAGAGGCCUGCUUCCCUCUGCUAGAAGGCUGUAGAAAGAACAGGCAGAAAUGGCAGGCCCUGGCGGAGCAACAGGAGCAGAACCUGAUUAAUGGGGAGAGCAGCCAGCCCAAGCUGAACUGAGGGGCCUUUGACAGACUGAGCACGCAGAGUUUACGUUUACACAGAAGAUGUCCUAUUUUGUGAUACGUAGUUUUCAUAGACACUGUACGAGUUGGGUAUAUAUUUUGCCACUGCUGUAUUUUUUUUAACGUUUGGUUUUACUUUUGCACAACUUUGAAGGGCAUAGUGUGACGUGUUUUUAGGGGACUGGUGUAUAUCGUCUCGAUAUGUCUUUAUACCACUGAAGUGAGGUGGCCCACUUUGCCCACUGUGGCCACAGUUGGCGUAAAGCUGGUCUCGAUGCUCCGGUUCUGCAGAGGGAGUUGUGGGGAGGCUCCGGGAAACCUCUGGCCCUGGGCUUGUCCAUCUGUGUCCCUGGUUGUUUUUGCUGUGGCUGAAUGACCAGCUCUUCAAGAAUGCUUGGCAGCUUCUCCUUCUUCCUAGGGGAGCCAGGAUCAACAAUCCAUUCCUCAGAGUUUGAGAAUACAGAGGAGAGAAGGCUGUUGUUCAGGCCUGGCUUUGGACAGGCUGGACUGUGGGGAUUUGGGAAGCAUGUUUAUCUCCAAUGCCCUUGCCGAUCACAAUCAUGUCUUGACUCAGUGACUUUCAGAAUUCUAGAAUAUUUGGAAGGCUAUGACAUACCAUGGAAUUUAUAGUGAAGGUAAGCACAGAAGACAUGCAUUAUGAUCAGUUUUAGAACCGGGUCUCUGAGGUCACCUAAUCCAACACUCUCAUUUCAAAGACAUGGUCAUGGGCCCCCAAAGCUAAAUGACUUGUUCAAGGUGACACAAGUAGUAACAUCAGAGGCAAGAUUCGAACCCCCAUCCAUAGGGCCAUAGUUGUAGAGAACGAAGGGACCUCAGAAUCCUCCCACUCCAACUCUUCUGUUUUACAGACAAGGUAAGUGGGGCCCAAGAAAGCUAAGUGACUUUCCCAAUGUCACACAGGUAUUAAGCAUUAGAAGAGGAAUUCGAACCUGGGUCCAUAGAUCCAGACUUAGAAGGGCCCAUAGAAGGCAUUUUGUACAGAUAAGGAAAUCCAUGCGUGAAGCAGGUGACUUGCCCAGGGUCACACGGCAAAUCAGUGUUUUGAUUGAAAGGUUGCAUGGUAGAUGUCUGAAAGAGAAGGAAUCUUUGAAUACAUUUCAGGAAGUCCCCUCCCUCCACUGAGGACUACAAAACCACCUCCCCCUCUUUAAAAAUAUUCUUAGAACUCGUAUCACAAAAAACUAAAUUUCAGUAAUGUGUCUCAAAAUGAAAGAGUGAAUUCAAGGUAACAGGAAUCCAACAGUGUCCUGAGUGAAGGGCAGCCGCAGGUGGGGUAGAAAGGCAACCAUUCCUUCCCUUUUCACAUAGAAAGGAGUCCCACAAGGUUGCUUUAAGACAGGGCUUUAAUCAUCAAUGCAGCUUAGAGAACACAGCAAUCCUUGCAUUUUGAUAAGUAUCAAAAGGUGGCCAGGAUCUCCUUUUGCUCCCCGUAGUGUGAUGCUAUUGGAGGUCAAAGGGAAAUAGCAGAAUGGGCCAUUUGAAUCCCCUAACCAAAAACAGAGCCCUGAGCCACAUGGAAGCACAUGGGAUCAGUGAAUGUGAAGGAAUUGCCUCAGUGGCCCAGAUUGGCCAGGCCAAGCCCUGCCCCCCAGACAUAACCUAGUUCUCCAUACUUCUUCAGACUAUGUGACUUGGCUGCCAUCUUUCUCCCACAGUACUUCACGUGUAUAAAUAAACUUCCCUAGUGGGAUCAGAGGCAGUUCCCAUUCUAUAUGUGUGCCGUUGAGCCCCACUAAAUGAGCUCAAGUGCCUUGGGAAAGCAGGCAUGCAGAAUGAAGGCAAGGAGGAGGCCUGGAGUUUCCCAACCAACCAUUUCAAUGUGUUUGCUCACAGUUCCCAUCACCCCUUAGUCAGAAAGGCUCAGGAGAGCUAUUUUCUUUUCUAGUCCAGUCCUUCCAUAUAAAGAAUUUCUGGUGUAGAAGCUCCCUCUCCCAAGGCAGAUUGCUAAUUUACACUCUUAGGCAGUUGCCUGGGAGCACUUCAAAGUCAGAUGACUUGUCUAGAGUCACACAACCAGUGCAUAUUAGAGGCAGGACUCUUCCUGAUUUCAUGUCUGGCCCUUGGCAGCCCACCUUGCCACAUCACCAUCAUAUGAUGACAAAGUACAAGAAGACCGUUUCCAACAAAUGUCUCUCCUGGUUAUUUCACAUGGGCAUUUACAUAAGUUCAAAAUGGAACUUAAGUUUUGAAAUACUUGGGGUACCAUGAUCUUAUGCACAAAUGAUAUAUAGAUACAAAUCUCUCAUGAUUUUGGCAAAAGUGGAUGUUUCCUUAGGUGCCCCUCCAUAAUCAUGAAGGGUGCAAAAUACUCUGGUAAGCUUCCAGCUGCACGCUAGCACGCUUGCUGCGGCUACAGUGGGGUUUUGUUUUAUCUUUAUGGCAUUUUGUAGAGAUAAGAAGCGUGAGUCUUGCCCCUUAUCGAAAGAAUCGUCAUUGUUCAACCAGUUCUGAUUGCCACGCAGAGUUAGUUACCUCGGUCUGUUGGCUCACCUCUGCAGAAGUGGCCAUCAUCUCUGACUAUCUCUAUGUGACCUUGCAACCUAAACCUGCUUCCUCCUCUGAAAAAUGAGAGAGCUAGAUUAGGUGACCUCUGACAUCCCUUCAAUGAUCAUAGUAUGCCCUAUCCUAGGGCAGCCUUCAGGAUCUGUGCCCUUACCCAUGUGUAUAACUUGAGUUAUUGGCAUUUUCCAAUGGCUUAGACCCUUCCCACCUAAACAAAGAUGAUCUGUGAGAGGAUGCCUUGGAGGUAAUUAUUGGUGGAAUGAAGAUAAGUUUAGCUUGUACUUCUAUACUGUCUAGUGCCGUUUUCCCACUUUGGAGUCCCAGAAGUCAGGAGAUGCUCUUCCUAGUUGAUGUUUAUCCAUUGGAGACUAUGGUUCAUGAAGAAAUUGGAAGUCUUCACCUCACUCCUUUCCAUUGAAUUAAUUUAUGUUCCAAGCCAAUUUUGAAGUUAACAAGCUUUAUUGUUCAAAAUAAGGACCAUCUUGCUGGGCUACUUAGUAUCCUAGAAUUAGAGCUGGAAAGGACCUCAAUGAUUAUUCAGUCCAACCCCUCACUUUACAGAGAAGGAAACUGAGACCCAGAAAGUUUAAGUGACUUGCCCAGGGUUGCACAGCUAGCAUGCAUCUUAGGCAGAAUUCUAACCCAGAUCUUGUCAAUUCCAUGACUGUGCUCUUUCCAGUCCACCAUAUUUCAUUACCUUUAAGGGGCUCCUCAGUGCAGACAAGCCCAGCCCUGAAGCAGAGCUCGACUUGUUUAUAAUUGAGGGGAUGCCCCCCCCAAAUUGAAUAACUCUCAUUGAAUAACACUCAUCAGCAGAUUCGUGCAAUCUGUGAGAAGUGGGCACAAAUCAGCAGAAUUUUAGCUGUGAAUGCAAAUGCCCAUUUCCUGUUCUUCUCCGGGUAUUGCCUUCUCAAUCUCUGCAAUUCUUGUCCAGGUUUUCCCUUGCACCUUCUACAGAGCCUUGACCUUAAUGUUUUUCCUAAAAAUGAAAUAAAGCACACAUUCUAAAUGUUUCUGCUAUGUGAUAGCAAGAGUAACAGAUGCAAAAGCUGAGAGUAAUGUGCCAUUACUAUCUGGUAAAAUAGCCUGGCUUUUUCAUAGGAUUUUUGGGUAGAAUUUUAGUAUUUCCAUAGAAUUGGUGUUUUCCUUCUUGUGGGGAUUUGUGCAGCUCACUGAAUCACUCUGUGCCUGAGGGAACUAGGGAACUCUGUAAAUGAAACUAGGAGUGCUUGGGAACCUGUAUGCUUGACAUCUUUUAAGACAGCAGCCUGGUAGGCAGCUGCCAUAUUCUCCCUCAAAACUGCCAAUGUCAGAAACUGGAUACGGGAUGUUAGUCUAAUGCAACCUUUCUUAUAAUCCUUGUAAAUUUCCCAGUCUUUGCAAAGAUAAGAAUACCUUUCCCAUACUUCACUUGUUGAUAUUUGGUAAGGAUGAGAUGUUUAAAAACUCUGAAGGAUAAUGAUGGUGUGGUCACCACCGAUGAUCUCCCCUUCGAAGUGAGACAAAAGCAAGUACAGAAAAAUUAAAUACUGAGCAAGGGUCGGGGUAGGGGGGAUGGAGAGUAGGAAAUUAUCAUAAAUGUCUGCCUUCUGCUCCACUGCUCACUUGAAGUGUGCAAUGCAGGAGCUGGAGGGCUUGUAUUUCUCUCUUUGUUUACAGCUCAACGCUUUUCCCCAGUUUUGCUUUCUCCACCUUUAACAUGUCCUGCCCCGUUUCUGCUAGAUCUUGAUAUAUGAACUACUGUAAUAUUUGCCAGCAAUGCUCUGGUCGGGUUUUUUUUUUCCCUGGAUGACUGAAAUAGGAUGCUGAAGCAAUGGGAUGGCUGCCCACUUCUGCAAUUAAUCAGAUGCUCUGAAUGGGUACCGGGGGGGAGAGGGGAAAGGGGAGCAUUUUCUGGUGGACGAAGGACCCCUCGGGGGACUUCUCUGUUCCUAACUUUGAUGACUUUCAAUGGAAUCCAGGACAGAUAAUGUUCUCUCUAUUCCACCACCGCUGCUCCCAGGCCUUUAUUAAGUUCAUGCUAUGAGGUUUCAUGAGACCUCUCUUGAUACAGAACUCAGGAUGAGCCUGGAAAUGGGAAACUGAGUUAUCAUCCCCACCAUCCUCUGGGUUCAAAGGCAGCUAAGUCAGGGAAGCCUGUCCAACAUCCCACUACACCGAGUUGUUUGUUUGGGUUUUCCCCCUAUACAAACUCGAUUGUGGCUCUUUGGAGCCAUGCCCUUGGAAGUCAAAAUCACUACCCCAGGAGGUUAAAUAUUUGGCUUGUAUUAAGUAAGCACCUUCAUGGACCCCUUCUGCUCUGCCGUAUAGAGAAAGGAAGAAAGCAUUGGGCUCACCUUCCCCCUCCCUACACCUACCAAAAGCCUGUGUAUACAUGUUUUAAUGAAUGUAGCUGAAAGUGUAAAUACUUUUUCAAAAUAAAUUACAUAAUAGUUUAAUUUUUUAAAAUCACGAAGAACCAUCACUAGCCACUGUUAGUAUUUCUUUGUAUACUUAUACUUUUGCAAAGUAUUGGAACAAAUAUAUAGUUUCUGGACACUAUUUUUGUACUAGGAUGGGGAGGGGAGGGUACUGUGUAUAUUAUGUUUAACUUUCAAGUGGUUUGAAAGGUUUUGGAAUGUCAAUGUCUUUUCCCACCUCCUCUGUCAUCCCCCACUUCCUGUUUCAGACAAUCUUCUUACAUGACAGACCGAAGUAUAAGGACCAGUUGGGUUGGACUGUCCUCCAACCAGCUGGUGAAAGAAAAAACACCCAGGGGAGUUUUCCACAGAAGUCUGGACUUUUCACUUGCCACUUACCUCUUCAUUGUAUUCUCUAUACUGUUUUUCAUUCUUUGAAAAAUAAAGAAGG